CUUGAUUUCUGGCAUAUCGGCGGUGAUAUAAAUGUUCCUGUUCCCUCAUGGGGAAUAAUGGACAUUUAUGGACGCUUUUACACCAGGAUCCAAGAUACUACAGCUAAAUUUGGUUACCAAGCGGCUCCAGUCAACAUGCUUGGAUUAACAAAGGCAGAUUUUGUGAAGCUCAUGUCUGACCCAUCGAAAAAAGAGAGAAAAAACAGAAAAUUUUGGUGUACAUUGUUUUCCUUAUAUAUA